AUUCUGCACCAGCAGACAUCUUCUUGUUGUCUGAUCGACUCGGAGAGCCACAGAAAGCUGCAGCUUGGCAGCGUGGCAAUGCAUAUCAUGCAGACAGCGAUUUGGCUGCUAGUUUUGGGGCUCAGGACCCAGGGUGCUCGCCUCGGAGAACGGUCUAGCGAAGUCCAGAAGAACCUGAAUGCUGUGGAGGAGCUCCACAGGUAUCGUGCGUUCAACGAAACCGGCAUACGCCUCCUCUUGCAGGGUGAAGACUUGCCUCUCCUUGAGCCCUUCAGUCUUUCAGAAGUGCCCGGGAAAGGCAAGAAAGACCAGGAUGUCCAGCUUCCCGUGAAGUGGCGAUCGAAGCUGCAAAUCACGAAAUGGCUAGGUGCUGGCACCUUCGGAAAGGUAUUUAAGUGCAAAGUUCUUUGCGAGACGCAUAGAGAUUUGUACGUCUCGGUGAAGUACAUCGAGGAGAAGAGCAAGCUUGUCAGGACGGAGAUUGGGGUCCUUGAUGCGAUGAAGGGGUAUUCCGACUUCUGCAUUUCAGCAAUUGGAUCACCGUCACACAUUGAGGACCCUCACGGCUUCUGGAUCAUGAUGCCAUACAUGAACCACGGGGACCUCCACGACUUCCUCAAACAGUGCCACACGCAUCGUGCAUGCUUGAACGCCGGAAGUCGCGAAGGCAGAAGAGAUUUCACCAAAGUUGAUCCUGCCUUCACGGAUGCCUACAUCCUUGUCCUUUUUCAUGACAUUGUGGUGGGCACCGAGGCGCUUCACACCAAAACGGGAAGGAUCCACACCGACUUGAAGCCGGCGAACGUUAUGGUGAACUGCCAGCAGGAUCAUGGGGGCACCAAGUGCUUUGCAGCCGUCAUUGACCUGGGCCUUGCAUGUACGAUGAAGGUGAACGGUUGCCAUGUCGGCGGUACGCCGGUGUAUAUGCCACCCGAAGUUUGGAACCAGGAUGUGAGGGCGUUGUAUCUUGCCUCGAGGGACGUAUGGGCCCUGGGCGUGAUCCUCUAUCAGCUGGUCUACAACAAGAAUCCUCCCUUCUUCUCAAAUCCGCAGUUCAUGGUCCACCGUUACGAUCCUUCCACGGACCCCACGAUCCGCGGAACCAAGAAGGUCGACACUCUUAUUAUGCAGAUGCUGGCCCAUGACUACCGAAAGCGGCCCUCCAUGGCGUCAAUCCGGAAGGAAUUGGAGCGCCUGGUUGCGGAGACGGCUGCUCCGAACGGAGGAGGCAAAGAAAAGCUGAAAUUUCAGAUGGGGGACGCAGUCGAGUACUUCAGCCCAUCCUACAAUCAAUGGCUGCCCGCCAAGGUGAUUGCGGUCAAAGGCGACCUGUACGACUUGAACAUCCGACCGGACGUGGCCGCAGAUGCGCUCCGAGCGGCACUCCCUCAGCCUCACGGCCUUUCACUGGUGGAGGUGAGCGAACAGCGAGAGGAGAGGCGGGCCUACACGCAGAAGUACGAGCGAGGGGAUCUCGUCCAAUGGUGGAGCACCAGGUACAAAAUGUGGAUGGAUGCCAAAGUCAUGGUUGCUAGGUCUGAUGGGACUUAUAUGUUGGACGUCACACGCGUUGCCACGGAGGAUGUGAUGCGCAAGCCUCAGGAGGGAGAUCGUUACACACCCCCAGGACCUCCGUUAGCCCAGGAGCAGGACUUGGCUCCAGCUCCUCCAGCUCAGCACAAGUUUGCUGUUGGAGAUGAUGUCGAAGUCAAGACCAUGCACAACGGGUGGAUUCCCGACAUGGUGAUGAAGCUUAAUCCUGAUGGCACCUACGACUUGAUAACACAAAGAGGUGUGCCUCUUGAGAGGCUUCGUCCCCUAUCGAAGCCGGUUCAGCUUGACGAGCCGGUGGCUGAGCCGGAGGCUGAACCGAUCGUGGACCACAAAUUCAAAGUCGGCGACAAGGUCCAGUAUAUGAGCAUAACAAAGCGAGAAUGGCUUCCCGCAAUUGUUCUCAAGCUCAAAGGCUUUCACCAGUACGACCUGGACAUCAAAGUGGAUGCGGAGGAGUACAAGAUGCGCUAUCCUCCUCAUGAUAAUCAUGAGCAUGCCCAGGAAGAUGCAGUGCAAGCCGAGGAGAAGGAAGAGCAUGCCCAGGAAGAUGCGGUGCAAGCCCAGGAGAGGGAAUUGGAUGUUCCUGUCGAGGUGCAGAUGCUUCGCUCGAAUGCAGUCCAGCGUGGUGCAGCCUUGAAACUACCUUCCUGUCUCUAA